GUGGGAGAGAGGGUUUGGUAUAAGACUUGCCCGCCCUCUUCCCACAUGUCUCUCUUCCAACGGCUCUGCGCUCUGCGGUCAUCUCAUCCAGAUCCCUUCAUUUCUUAUUUACUUCCUUUUUGUCCUUUAUUGCGGCCGGACCGCCCUUUUCUCUUCCUCUCUCUCUCUCUUUCUCUCUCUCCCCAUCCCCUCAAGUACAUCAUCACCAGUCAGUCCAUAGCACCCUUCGUCAGCCAGUCAGCCAGCCAUCCGCCAAUAUGCAGCUCUCAUUCCUCCUCUUGCCGCUUCUGUCCUUGACGGCCCUGGCCCACGAUGGCGAAGGCCGCAAUCGCAACUCGACAGAAGCCCAGUGCAAGCGCUUCCUGCGCGGCGAGAAGCUCGUAAAGAUCGCCAGCAACGACACGCUCCUGGCCGAGAUUACCAACAACAACGCCACCAAGAUCGACUUCAUCAAGAAGAAGGCCGCCGAGAUUCAGCCCAGGCUCGAUCAGGCGAAGCAGAAUGCCACCCUCAUGGCAACAUGCGAACAGGUCCGCGCCGUGCAGCACGAGAACGGCCAGUGCCGCUUCAUGCAUCGCAUGGACAAGCUGCAGAAGCUCGUCGCCAAUGAGACCGCCCUCAACCAGGUCACCAACAACAACGCCACAAAGGCCCAAAAGCUCAAGGAUUGGGCCCAGAAGGGCAUGACCAAGCUCACCGAGCUUCAGGGCAACCAGACCCUCCUGCAGUACUGCUCCGCGAGGGACACCAAGGGACAAUGCAGGCAGAUGAAGAGGCUGAACAAACUCGUUGCCCUCUCCAAGAACGACACCGCCCUGAACGAAAAGUUCAACGGCAACGCCACCAAGAUCGAAAUGUUCAAGGCAAAGGCCGCCAAGAAGGAGGUCAAGCUCAACGAGAUGAUGAACAACUCAACACUCAUGGGCGUCUGCCAGCAAAUCAAGGCUGGCAAGGGUGGCAAGAACGGCGCCAACAACAACAGCCAGAACGGCAUCGACAGCGGCGCCGCCGGCGUCAGGGCUGCCGGUGCCCUCAGCGUGGCCGCCGUCGUCAGCGUCGUCGUCGGCUUGUUGAUGUAGAGUGGGCCGAGAGUGCCGGGAAUCGGGAACUUGGGAACUUUUUUUGGAUGGCUUGAUUUGGUCCUCGGUCUGACACGAAAGAGAUCGAUGCCAUUUGUUGCAAAUGUUGGCGCAUGCCCGCGGCUUGUACAAAACCACAGUCGAAUUAGCUGGGGGAUACAUCUUGGUAUUUCACUCAUUCUGAUGGCUCGACGUGGACCUGACACCAGGUCAGUCUUACGGUAGAUGGGCUCCAAGCUAUGGAUCAUGUUCAUAAGUAAUGAUUGGCUCGAGAGUAAUGUUUUUGUAGAGCAAAGAGAAAAUAUGAAAGGUUAC